UUUUUUUCCAAGUAUUUCACAUAGUUUGAAUAAAAACCCCGUUCGUAGACAUUCAACACAUUACGUCGUUGUUUCGUGGUGGCAGAUCCUUUGGCGCCAUCUGUUGGCUUUGUAAGACCUCCAACACAGAAGAAGAAGAAGAAAGUUCACGGUAACCAGGCAACCAAGGAAGCUACACAGCAAACAACAACAGCCGCUGCCGUGUAAGAAACGUCAAGUAAAACAAAUAAACGCGCAUAUGAUCACACACCAUGUCCAGUCCAAAAUCAAUGAGCAGAGCCACAGGAUGGAGUGAAGAGGUGGAAAACCUGUUCAGGUUCCAACAGGCAGGAUACAGAGAUGAAGUGGAGUAUGUUCAAGUCAAACAUGGAGCCUCGGUGGACAAAUGGCCGGAGAGCGGCUUCGUGAAGAAGCUCCAACUCCGCGACAACACGUUUUAUUACUACAACAGGAGACGGGAGUGUCCGGACGAAGACGUCCACAAAGUCAAAGUGUACGUGUAUUAGGGUGUCCUGCACCAUCGUCACCAUCGUCACCAUCGUCAUCAUCGUCAUCAUCGUCAUCAUCAUCAUCAUUGUCAUCAUGAUUCCUCUGUGAAGUCCUCUGGCUGAUUACAGCACUUAGACUCAAGUGCUCAAACACACCACAAGGCAAAAUAAUCAUAUAUAAACAAUAUCAUUAUACAUCAAUGCUCCUAAAUACAAGAACAUGUCAAUGUUAUUCAUUAAGAAUCUUGAAAUACUCAAUAUUAUCUUCACUGAGAGGAAAUUGAGAACUUUAAAGCACACUUACAAUCAUAUAAAUUGUGUUU